CUCUACCUGCGCGUGUGUUCUGUAGGCACGCAGCUUCCUCACAUUAUCGCGCUGGUGUGCGUGUGACAGAACGCGCCGCUCUCAACUGUGCGCCGACUGUCCCGUCUGUGAUAUGAUUGUGAUGUGCGAUCGCAGGAAGGACUCAUUAUAAAUGGCGUCCAUUCCACAGCGCUAGUACCAUCACCCAACAUCCAUCGGCAUCACGUUUAUCAGAAACGCACACCUGAUAUCCGCCCGCUGAUAUCCAGCACAACCGGCCUUCAAAUGAAGAAGAUGGACCUCGCCGAAACGAUGAAGAACGUUCUAGCCAAGGGCAUCCAGCAGACUUCUGUCAGUGAUCUGCCCACCACAGCUGCAAUGGGUUUUCCAGGGCAAAGUUAUGUGACUGAGAAGAUCUACAUGCUUCUGCAGUUAUAUUUGCAGAACAAGGGAUGGAACCCAUCUGUAGAGCUGUUGCAAUGCUUUACUGAACUGAAGGAGUCUUCAAUGUUACCCAGUGCUGCAUAUUUACAAAUGAUGGCUAGCAGAGUUGCAUUGGACUCACAAGGUCGCCUAAUCCUUAGAGAAAAUGGUAAAAUAAUUCUUCCUUUUGAACAUUUUGCCAAUGCUGUCAUGCUGAAACACAUGAAUGGCCCACAUGGGCUACAUCUUGGUGUGGAGGCAACAGUAAGAGCUGUUAUGGAUUCAUAUACCAUUGGUAGAGAACAAUUUGGUAUGGAGAAAGAGUUUAUAAUUGAGGUGGUCCAAAAUUGCCCCAAUCCCGCUUGUCGCUUCUAUAAGAAUCAAAUGGAGCUGACACAAAAGACUUUCCAGCACUUAGCAGCCGGAAAUCCCAAUUUUCUUGCCCAGGAAGGACAAAGUACCACUGCUGACAAUCCACUGAGAGGUACCAACUUCAAUGCCGAAUUUCCAAUGCCAAUUCCACCUAAUCUAAGCAGUCAUUUGAUGAAUGCAGUUGACUUAACUGGACAAACAAGUCUGGAGACCACUAAAACACAGGGGUUGAUGGAACGGCCUAAGUCAGUUGCACCGAGCCAGCAACAAAUUCAAGCUGCUCUUAUGCAGCAACAACAGGCGAGUCGUGCAAUGGCAGCACAGAAUAUGGAGAAAUUGAACGCUAAUUUGCAGAAACAGCGCGAACAACUUAUUCAACAGCAAGUUCAAGCGCAGCAGCAGCAACAACAGGCACAACAUCAAAUUGAUUUGGCUGCGGUGGCGAAAGGCCAAAGUCAGAGUCAAAAGCAUUUUGAGAUGCCAUUGGAGCACAAGUUGACUGAUUUUUUGAGAGCAAAUCUUGACAAUUUAGAAGGACUUUCAUCAUCGAACAAAGAUUUGUUGGCCUUGCACAACGGUGCUUGGGCCAACAAUGGUGCUAAUGAAGAUAAACGGGGCGGAGACGGAGGGCAAGAGAAGAUUGUUCGAGCGUUUGCGGAAGUUAUGAAAAACAUGGCGAGAAUGAAGACUUAUGUUAGACCCGCAAUGUGCAAGCCGUACGGGAAACAGUCGGAAGCGUUGCAAAAGACUCUAAUGGACACGAUUCAGUUGAUUCAAUCGUUGCGUAGUUUUUUACCGCCACCACAUAUUCAAGUAAGUUCUUGGAAGAAUGAAGAUAAACAUCGUUAUGAAGAAACAUAACUUUUCAACGAUUGAAAAGUGCCACUGUCGAAUGAUAAUCUCGAAUGUUAAGGUUAAGUUCAUUUUUAUUUAAAAACUUUACUAUUAUCCUUGAAAAGGAUGCAAAAACGAAUCGGUAUUUGUUUGUUUUAUAAUUAUGUGAUACGUUUCGUACUUAUUUACGAAUGCUACUAUUUAUUAUCAAAAAGAAGAAAGUAAGCAACUUCUAGUUUAGCUGCGAGAGAUUAAAAAUGUAUUCCUAUUAGUUUAGUUGACAGUUAUUAACUAAGAUUCUAAAUUUAAUUGGGUUAAGUGACAGCUUAACAAAUGGCCAGGCGCGAUUUGACACGAAUUUGUAAUAUUUGAAGAUGAAAAUGAGGUGCAAUAUUGAAAUAAGUUCAAAAUUUCUUGUCUAGUCAGACUUUAAAUCACGAAAAAUGCGUGACAUAAAAACAAAUUAUUAAUUGCUAACAAAAUUAAACUGUGAUAUUUUCGUAACUUGAAUUGAAAUGAAAAUUUUCUAAAGUAUGACGAAAUUGGCCAGUAAUUUCUCAAUUAUUUCUAAAUUAUUAUGCUUUAGAAUCAAUUUCUUUAGAUUAUAUGACCUGAAAAUACCCAAAAGUGGUUUGUUUGUCUAAUUCAUUCCAGUCUUGACGAUUCUCCUCAUUAAUGAAUGAGCUAUUGCACAAGACAAAAGGCUCACUAAAUUUGCAAUUUGAAAUUGAAACUUGAUGAAUAAUACAAACAUAUCAAUCUAAACGAGGAACGAAUUAAACAUCACUCCAAAAAUGCGCCCUAAAUUAUGAAUUAGUUCUUUGAGGAAGUUUUUACGUUUAAAUGCAAGGAGCACAACAUUUGAUUGAAGACUGUUACGUUAGAGGAACAAUAAAUGUAUUAACUGUUAGGAUAAGUCAAAGUAAUAAGUAACUUAAGCAAAGCCAAUAAGUAAUAACUUUUUUAUGACAUAAUUGAUUCAUGCAAUCUAUUAAAAAUUUACGUUCCGAUUCGACAUUGCGCGACUAAGUUGUAUGAUUCGAAUUUAAAUCGUACACCAAUGGCUAUAAACGAUAAACAUGUAUAGGAACCUGUACUCACGCCGCUCGGAGAUUAUUAAUUUGCUAAGUUGACAUUGCGUAAAUGAUAACAUUAAAUUAACUUAAGACAAAUUAAUCCGACUUUCAUCUACAAUAAAACAUUAGGAUUAUUUAAAAUAAGACGUGGACGCUGUAAGCGUCUGUAAACUACAGCAUAUUUAUAUCUACAAUUAUUGUUUUAUUUGAUUUAUUUAACGAAGCGCAUUGUACUUUACAGGCGUAGUUCAGGUAGUAGUUCAGUUUACUUUUUGUGAUUUUAUUUAUUUGUAAUGAUUUUGCUGCUGUCUAGAAGCGGAAUCAUAGAGCUCUCUCGAGAAAUUGUUUCUUUGCAAUAUAGCUUGUGCAAUUUUUGAAUCCUUUUUAGUUUAUUGUAUACAAUAAUGGUACUUUAUAAAUAUUGAAUCUAAAUCAAUGUGCAAAUAAAGUUUGUAAUUUCCGGA